UAAAAAAUAAAAACGCCGUGGAAUCGCGGAAAGACCAGGUCUCCACCCAGGGGCGGCGGUGCUUUUGUAUCGUUGAAUGCAACUUUAUAAGCAUUUUUUUCUCUUCUCAUUUUCUGUCAAAAUAUUAUUCUUAAUUGAAAUAAUAUAAUUAAGAAUAAAAUUUUCAAUUUCACUAUAUAUAUUCCAAUUCCUUAAUCUCGGUUCACAGUUCAUCCAGCACGCCAUUUCAUUGAGAAAGAUCAAGAAAUGGGGAAGAACAGUAGGUUUUGCUUUUCAAAUUUAUCUUCAAAUCUUCCGAUCACUUGUUUGAUCACUUUUACCACCAUUUUCCUACUCCGAGUUCUUAACGUCAUUUACCGAACCGGCAAGCCACUAGGCAAAAGAGUUUCUCCGCAGUGGCCUCUCAGCACUCUGAUUGUUUUAGGUUCAGGAGGUCACACAGCGGAGAUGAUUAAUCUCUUGUUAGUUUUGCGAAAGGAAAGGUUUACACCGAGGUUCUAUAUCGCCGCUGCUACUGAUAAUAUGAGUCUUCAAAAAGCUCGUGUAGUGGAGAAUUCUUUGGCUGAUUCGAGUGAGACCAAGGGACUCUCUGCAGAAUUUAUGCAGAUCUAUAGAAGCAGGGAAGUUGGUCAAUCAUAUGUAACUUCUGUUUGGACAACUUUAGUUGCCAUAGCUCAUGCAUUGUGGCUGAUGAUUAAAAUCAGGCCUCAAGUGGUUCUUUGCAAUGGCCCUGGUACUUGUAUUCCUCUAUGUGUAAUUGCAUUCUUUUUCAAGGUGGUUGGAAUUAGAUGGUCAUCCAUUUUUUAUGUUGAGAGCAUUGCAAGAGUAAAAAGACUCUCUUUAAGUGGUUUGUUGCUUUACAAGUUAAGGAUUGCUGAUCAGUUCUUUGUGCAAUGGCCGCAACUGCAGAGACAAUACCCUCGGGCUCAUUAUGUAGGUUGCCUGAUGUAGAUAAUUAAGUCAGCUGCUGAUGGGUACUCUCACUUAACUUCUUAGAUUAUUUUCUUAUUAUCAUAUUCUACUACUUUAUAAAGUUUCUUUCCCUCCACUAAGAUUUUUGUAUUUCUGUGUUGAGUUGGGUUCAUUACUACAACAUGAUUCAAUGUAGACUCUGAUAUUUGGCAAAAAGAGCAAUAGGAUGUUAUAUCAAUCAGCUCAAAAUUUCAGUAGUAACAUUACAAUUGAUCUUUUAACAAAGACCAUAUAUAUUAAGAGACUUCCAGCAUAUUAUUUCACAGCCUGAAUGUGAAGUCUUUAGGAAUGAGUUUUUUAGGCAUGCAGUUCCUAAGGGUCUAUACCUGGAUGUAAAUAAGGCCUAAUUUAACUGUCUUAUUUUAUUAUUUAUUAUGUAUUUGUAUUUACAUUAUUGUCCCUAGCAUUUAAGGAUGGUUUUUGACUUUUUGUGUGUUAUUUGUAUUUAAAUUAUUGUCCCUAGUAGUUAAUGACAGUUAUUGUGUGAUAUUUGUCUUAAAAAAAGGGUUACUAUUUGAUGUAUUAACAGUGUAUAUAAUUCUACACCAUCAAUGAACCAGAUGAUACUGCAUCAUUAGAAAUGAAAUUAAUUGAAUUUAGUUUCAAAAGAGUUUAGAUGGUGUGCCAUCAUCUAGUUCAUUGAUAUUGUAUACAAUAUUAGUGCAUCAAAUAUAAAUCCUUAAAAAUAAGUGAAGACAGGGGUGGCCUGAUGGUUUGUAGGAAAGGUCCGUCUAGGUACCUUGGGAGUCAUUGUAUUUCCAGUAUUGUUAAUGCGCUUUAAGAUUUACAAAAUCUGUUGAUGGCAGUAAAGAUUAUUAGAUUGUGUUCAGUGUUCUGUUUGCUUUUUGUGUUUGAAGGGUUCAAGUGAUAAAGUUAGGAAAGGGUUUCUGGUUUCCUAACAAAGUUCUGGAUCAACUUCUGUUUCUGUGAUUUUGUAAAGUAGAUUACUUACUAUGAUUAAAUUCCUACAUAGCUUGGUCCAAAUUUCCUAUCCUUUUUCUACUAUUUUUGCCUCUAACUUUAUAUCGUUUUUAGGAUGAGAGCAGGCAACAUUGCAUUAUUUGUUUAGGUUCUUGAGCUAUCUUGGAGAUUUGGCUUGAAUAAUCAUAUAUAUUUUUUAAGCUUGGAUUGAACAUUGAGAGUUCUUACUUAUAUGUCACAAACCAGCCAGCAAGGAAUUAGUGUGUAUGACUCACUGAAGUUUGACUCAUUUUCAAGCAUUCUCUCUCUAGUUUGUGAUAUAUUACCUAUAUUCAGGGCGAAUGCACCAGUUUCUAAGAUUUAAAAUAAACCUGAUAAUGAGCCUUGACUUGGCUUAUUAACUAUGAGCUUCAAUGAACCCUAUUGACAUGUUGAUCAUUAAUGGCUGUUCAUUUAACCGAACAUAAACAUGUUUCUUUCUUUCUUUUUCGCACAUCAGUAAUGGUUUGAUUCUUAGAUUCAUUUGUCUAAUCUUCCCUGUUGUUUUUGAACACACCAUUGUUUUAUGGCAUCUUUCUUUUCUCUGUUUUUACUCCCUCCUGCUUUUGCUUUUAUACACACUGUUAGAGAAUGGGGCUAGUGGAAACAAAUUAGAUAAUUAUUUUCUUCUCCUAUACCAACUAGCAUGGUCUAGCUUGGUGCUUGAGUUAAGCUGUAUCCCUAGCCAUUUCGGAUGAAGUCAUAUCCAAAACAGAGAAUAUGUAGGCAUUACUGAAUUGAAUUUAGUUUGCUAGUGCUAUUUUAGAGUUUGGUUAUCUAUGACUCUGCAUUGAGAAGGAUGAAGAAAGAUUACUUUUGGGGUUGUAUUUCUUGUUUUGCAGAAAAUGACAAUCUCAUAUAGAACUGUGGAAGCCACACUUAAUCUGUUAACUAACCUCUUCGAGUAAAGGACUCUUCGAAACUUCACUACCGUUUCGAUAUUCAUUCUUAGAGCUUUUAUUGUCAAGAUAACACUGGUAAACAUAUGAAACGAAGCCCCAUAUCGCCAAGACCAUGGCAAUUGCCUUCACUGCAUCCAUUUUGUCAUGGAAAAAGAUCACAGCUAGAAUUGGAAUAACAGGCAAACCCAAGACACUUAUGGCAUUGGAGAAGAGCGAAGAAACUUUGAAAAUCAAUCCUAUUGCGCCGAUGACAAAAAGCUGUGAAGCUAUAGCUGUUUCAAUCAGGGUCAUUGCAUAGGAAAACUUACCGAGUUCGAACUCUUCUACUUCUAUUGACAAACCUUUCCAUUCUCCGCUGAUGAAAAGUCCCAGAAUGGCAGCAGAAGCCUCAACUAGUGACUGAUAUAUAACCAUUUCGAACACCUGUGCGUGUGUUUCUCCUUUUAGAAGCUUUCUGAAGGUGAGUUGUGUUAGAGAAAGCAUCAAACCGUACCCAGCAGAAGCACCAAUGGUGCAAAUGAAUCCGAUUGCAUAUUUUCCUUUAGAGACUUCAACAUGGCUUGCUGGAUUGGUUUGAAAUAUCAGGAGGGAGGAGGAUAUUGUUAGUAGAACUAGUGAAUUGAUUAUAAAUGGAGUGAACUUUUGUGAAUGUAGGAAGAAUGAGAAGAGAGCAUUGAAGGCCAAUUGGGAUGCACAAAUGAGGGAAAAAGUCGAUACAGGAAGAUGUAAGAGUCCAAUAGAAUACAUCAAGCUGUACGCCACUAGGCAAAUACCGAAAGAGAAAUAGACCAAUGCCAGUAUCACCGCUGAUGGCUGCCGUAUCUGCUCAUUUUUGGUGCAACUUUUUGGUGGUGCUAAGCAGUAACAUGGUAUGACAAUUGGGAAGCCUGCGAGUUGUGCGAGUGUAGCAACCCAUACGCUCUUCCCGCCUUUGUCGUAGUAUAGGCGCCCCAAGAGUGUUGAUGCCGACUGACCGAAGAUUACAAAGAAUGCAUACAUGAUGAUGCUGAUCCACCACUUAUAGUUCCUUGGCUCAUGGCUUGCCAGUUUCUUGCUAUUCUGAUAUUGAGGUGAGUUUUCUUCCUUUACUUCUUGAACUGUUAGAAAAACAUUAGAAUAAUUGUCAAAUGAGUUUCUUUAUCUGUUAUAUUUUGCAAACCUAAAAUGUCUACUUUUUCUCUAUGUUGUUUCGACUCAUCAUUUUUCUUGAAGUAUUAAUAUCUAACAUUCAUUCCGACAUUGCAAACCUAAAUGCAUGAAUAUAACAUGAAAAAAUAAUAAAAGCAUAAUACGACAUGACAAUAAAACAAAUCUAUAAUAUGUAUAAAAACAUAAAUGUAAAUAAUCUUUUGAACUGAUGAAAAUUAUUUUUAUUGCUUAUUGUUUUCCUAAAUCGAUAUCAGGAUAAAAUUUUAAUAUUAUUAAAAUUUAAAUAUUAAAACAUUUUACUCAGGGUUCAAUUUUGCUUGGUAUAUAUGUUCAAUUAUACAUUCAACGUAAUUUAAAAUUAUUCAAUGUUGAAUUAAAAUUUUGAUGGGUAUUUUAAUUAUAUACUAUAAAAUAGAUGCAUUGCAUUUGGGCAUUUUCAUUCAAGUAGUAGCUUAAAAAAUAUCACUAAAAUGGUUUGGCUUUCAUUAUUUUUAUUCUAUUGUUUGAAAAAUUUUCAUUCUAUAAUAUUUUAAUUAUCAAAAUAAUUUAUAAAUUUUGAUCAUUUUAGCAAUUUGAAUGAAGUAAAAAUAUAUCAUUUAAUGAAAUAAAAAUUAAGAAUGUAAAAUCACAUGCUAACAUGUAAUAUAUUAAAACUUAUAUAACACAUGAAUUUGCCAAUAUCUAUAUAAAACAAACUAUUAAUAUAUUGGAAAGAAUUAUAUAAACAUUACCACUUUAAAUGCUAAUAUUAUAAGAAAAAUAAUAUCAAUUGUCAGAUUUGUUAGAAACAAAAGCCUAGAUAUGCAAAUUAAACAUAUAACUUCAUCAUUGUAAUGAGUAAGAAAAUUAUUUUGAUAACACUUUUAAAAUAAAACAUCAUAACUCUUAAAAAGUAAAAUUAAAUUGUAAAAAGCAAAGUGAUAAUCAGAUAAUAAUUUUAAUUAAUCAUGUUGCAUUAUUUCUUGGCAUCUCUCUACACCCAUAAAAGGAAAAAAUGAAGAAACAAAAGGCCGUAAAAAUGAUCAAUUCCUUCUAAACUCUAUAAUAUUAAGGUUUAACUACAAAAUUGGUCCCUAAACCAUAUCAUUUUUUCCACUUAGGUACUUAAGGCUUUUUUUAGUAAAAAGUGGUACUUAAACCAUCAAUUUUGUUUCAUUCUAUCCCACGUACGAAGUCAAAUAACGUGCCACAUGUCAUGUUCUUAUUGGCUGGUAUAAUGUUUUGGGUAAAAUGAGACGUUCAUUUUUUUACUAUAACGAAAUUCAUAGUUUUGGUACCACUUUUGAUAAUAAAGAACUUUUAGGUUACUAAUUGAGAAAAGUGGUAAAAUGGUAUAAUUUGAGGUUUACUUUUAUAUUUAAGUCUACUAUUAAUUGUAAAAUGAAUCAAAUAGGCAAAAAAAAAAAAAAUGUUAUGUUCAAAAUUCAAUCCAUUUUUCAAUCGGAUCUUAUUUUUUGUUUAAGCCUUUCUCUAAGCCUAAUAAAUUGUUAAUCUUCUCAAAUAUCGGACAAUUUUUGAGCAUAGGCAAAAAAAUCCGACCCUCAAAAAGCUGUAGUGCUGUUAGAAACAAAUUUGAUAGGCCGAUUGAUAACGGAAAAUAGUAGUUUGACCGGUGUCAUAUGAUCGAAUAGGGAGAAUCAUUGUGAGCCAGUAAAAAUUGAAAAGCUAAAUAAAAUACCAGCCUGAUUCUUACAACAUUGCUUCUAGAGGUAGAGAUUGUUGAAACCUAAAAGAUAGUGUUAGAGCAUAGAGAUUAAACAAGAGAGUUGGCUUGGUUGCUAUCUUUCUGUAAAUAACAACAGAAGAAGAAAGCCAACUCUAAAAUCCAUUUUGUAGUUAAUUUGCUUCUCUGAUAUUCAUGUGUGCUUUUUCUAUGUUGGUCCCUUUAUUUAUAUUUGGUAUUUGUGUUCGACUUAUAUCAUACGAGAAUAUGAUCCCAAAAAACAUACUAGAAAAACUUUUAAAAAGAUUAUUUAUAUAAGAUACGUACCUGUAUUUGAUAUAUGAAUUUGAGUGAACAUAGGAGCCUACUUACCAAUGAUGUGGAGUUGAACUUCUUGAGUUUUUCCCAUAUUCAAAACAUGAAGAGGUUCGAAAAAUGAGCCCCCAGUUAGAGAAGGAGAGAAAAGAGGAGAUAUUUUAACAAAAUAGGAAGGGAUGUAUGUAUGUAAAGUAUAGCAGCUAAUUGUGAAUGGCAAUUUAAGUAUCCAACAGAAGAAAAAGAAGGGUAUCCACUUCCAUCCAUAUGAAGCACGAGGACGAUGACGACCGCAUCUUGUUUCUUUCUUUCUUUGUCUUGUCGUCUUUAUUGUUUGUGAUUGAGUACAUGUUCAAUAAUUCAUUACAUAUAUAAUUUUCAAUUUAUUUGAAGGGUUCUAUUUCUUCACUCAUGUCCGAAUGUGUGUCGUAUGAAUAUUUCAAAGGAGGAAGCAACAUAAAACAUAACCAUAUUAUCAUCUGUCAUGAAUCUGUUUUUACAAAUUUGAGAA